UUUUCUUCCUCUCCAAUGGAAAACAUCCUCAACUGCAACUUGGAACUCUGUCUCUCUCCCCCUUCUUCCUCCCCUUCCACCGCCACCGCCACCGCCAAUUCAACGUCGACAUCUUGCCACAACCAUAUCGACCCUACUCGAGUCCCGAUACCUGAUCUUACAGAGCUCCAGGCAAGGGCAAUAAUCGUACGAGCGACAACACAAAUGGAGGUCGAGAGAAGAUUAACGACAUGUCAUAUCAGUUCACCGAAGCAACGGGUGUCGAUGAAGAGUGGGGCUAGCCCCUCCAUGAGAAGAUCGUUGCAAAGAUUUCUUCAAAAGAGAAAGCAUCGCAUUCAAACACUUUCACCCUACUCUCACUAGCUUUUCCAUUUUUAAUUCAUGCUUCUUCUCUUCCCUUUGUAAAUAUAAUUUUCUUAAUACAUUAUUACUUAGGUUUCUCUUUCUUGUUCUUCCAU